AUGGCAGAGCCGGAGACCCAAGGACAAAAUGGACAGCCUAAUGUUGGGUUCCCAAAGGACAAGAAAGAACAGGUUGAGCCCCCGUGCCGCGAUGCGGAGGAGCUUUCAGAAGAUGGAUCUGGUGAACGGCCUAUCCGUCAGAAGCUUAAAGAGACGUCCAUAAACAGUCUUUCAAGACAACCGUCCCCCGAGGAUAAAUCCCCGCCAGCCCAAGAACCUGCUUCUGCGGACAACGAAGAGCGAGGCCGCGUGAGGCGAAAACGAUCAUUUGACGAAUCCAAAGAAGAAGACAACGCCGAUGCGGAAACAGAGAAAAAGGAUGAAAAUAGCCAACGGAGGAAGAGGUCAAGGGAUUCAAAAGUUGAAGAAAAGCAGAGUCUCCCGGAACCAAAAGAGAACCGCGCACGAACUCCAUCGCGAGAGGUGCCACGGGAUGAGACGGGGCAAGUCCUAAGCCCGAAGAAAAAGCGAAGCAGAGACCAACUCGAUAAGGAUACACAAACUCACACCGAAACAAGAGGGCAGCCAAGUGAUAAAGCUGAUGCGGAAAAGCCCACGCUAUCUACCAACAAUCGCACGGAGGAGGGCGAGCCAGAGAAGAAGAGACACCGUGAUGACUCGAAGGAGCGAGAUGCCCUGAAAAAUGAAAAGGCUCACGCGUCCAAAGCGACCAAGUCUAGCUCGAAGGACGAACCCCCAAAGAGCCAACCUAUGACAUCCUCAUCCGCAUUUGCUUCGUCAGGACUGGCCGCUUUCGCCAGCUCAGAAAAGUCGCCAUUUGGCAUCAUCGGAGGUGAUACGUCUGUUUUCAAAACAUUGAAACCUACUGAAGUUAGUGCUGGAGAGAAAAAAGAAGCUGCAUCUACCUCUGCAGCAAGUCCCUCGCCAUUCACGGGAACUGGAGCAUCUCCGUUUGGUUCGCUUCCUGGGGGAUUCGCUGCAAGCGCUUUUGCUAGUUUUGCCUCUGCAGCACCAAAACCAGCGGGAGGGUUAACUAGCUUUGCUUCUCAAACCGGUGGUAGCAACUUUGGUGCCGGUUCGAAAUCAAAGGCCUUCGGUUCGGCGUCAGAUGAUGAGGCGGAAAACGAACAGGAGGCGGUCGAUGAGGCACGUCCGGCAUUUGAAGGGCUUGAGGAAGUGAAAGAGGAUGAGAGGUUUUUCAAGCAAGAUAUUGAAACCGGUGAAGAAGGCGAAACGACAUUGUACUCGUGCCGAGGGAAGUUAUUCCAGUUUGAUGGCAAAGAAUGGAAAGAACGUGGCAUUGGCACGUUUAAAAUAAACGCUGUGGAAUCACCUGCAGACACCGAAGGCGGCGCUGGGGGCAAAAAAACUGUUCAAUCUGCUCGAAUGAUCAUGCGUACCGACGCCGUGUUGCGGGUUGUCCUUAAUUCUCCGAUUUUCAAAGGAAUGAAAGUGGGAGACGUGAGCGGAAAUGAGCCAGCAGGAAAACAGAUUAAUCUCGUUGGAAUUGAAAACGGUAAAACCACGCCGUUCUUGCUAAGAACCGCAAGUGUUACCGCUGCAAAAGAUGCAUACCAUAGCAUCCAGUCCAUUUUGUCGGAACUUUGA